AUACAGAUGAAGUCUGGUGGGUGGUUGGCCCAUCCAUGUUCCUCUUCUUCCUCCUCCGACUCCGACCCGCAGCCGCAGGAACCCAAGAGGAGAUCGGAAGAAAGAGAGAGAGAUUGAGGAGGAGGAGGAGGAGGAGCCAUGGCUGCGGUGGUGCGUGGCGUGUUGAACGGCAUCCGGGAGAAGGGCCUCUCCAACUUCCUCCGCCAUGCCCGCGACGAAGGCUACUUCAAAUGCCUUCUGGAUGGAAACCUCUUGCAAACUAAAAUCCACAAUAUCGGCGCCACACUUGUAGGAGUAGACAAGUUCGGCAACAAAUAUUAUGAAAAACUACAUGACACUCAGUAUGGAAGGCACAGGUGGGUAGAAUAUGCAGAGAAAGGGCGCUACAAUGCAUCCCAAGUGCCCCCUGAAUGGCAUGGAUGGCUGCACCACAUCACCGACAGCACUGGGGACGAGCUACUGGAGCAGAAUGCUAAAGCGUACAUCGUGGAUCACAAGGAGAACUUCUCCGGCGAGGGUGAGGAACUGAUCUACCACUCCAAGGGGCAUGCUCUAAACCCAGGACAAAGGGACUGGACGAGGUACCAGCCGUGGGAACCAAAGAAAGAAGAGGCAACCUAAUUAAGGCACUGAUCCAGUGUGUCAUUUGAUUUGGUGUCUAAAACAACAGUCAGCCGGCUCGGUGGGCUGAAUCUGAAUAAUGUUGUCUUGAGGAUUGUUUACCUGAGAAUGGAAGAACAUGAUGGAGUUUUAAUUCCCAUAUGAUAUGUUUGUUUAUUUUUGAUGGAGCGGAGCGUCGUCCCCAUUGAAUGGACGAGGGUUGAAUGCUGGUUUGCUGAAAUGAAAUAUUGUCGAUUGUCUGGA